UAGCCCAGGACAAAAGCCACUCUUGGCUUUCUGUCUAGGUGGGACAGGCCCUAGAAACCUAGCAAGAGCAGUCUCCUUGGGAACUUAGACUAGCCGAGCUGGGUUGCAUCUCAUGGCUCCUUUGUGACUUAGUUCAGCUGGUCACUAUUAGGAGGCAACUGCCAGUCACAGUGGUUCUGAACUCUUGAAGCCUGUGAUGCUGGGGUGAUGUUUGGAAAUUGGCAUCAUGGAGAUGAAGAGGGAGCCCUUCCCACCAUGGCCAGCAUAGGCCCCACAUGGGCCCAGAAGCUGUUUAGUGAAAAAAUAAGUGGUGCCGAAGGAACGAAGCUAGAUGAAGUAUUUAUGGACAUGGAAAAGAAAGUAGAUAUUACCAGUAAGGCUGUUGCAGAAAUCCUUUCCAAAGCCACAGAGUAUCUCCAGCCCAAUCCAGCAUACAGAGCUAAGCUGGGAAUGCUGAACACUAUGUCGAAGAUCCGAGGGCAGGUGAAGGCCACUGGCUACCCGCAGACAGAAGGCUUGCUGGGGGACUGCAUGCUGAAGUAUGGCAAGGAGCUCGGAGAAGAAUCUGCUUUUGGCAACGCAUUGAUGGAAGUUGGUGAAUCCAUGAAACGCAUGGCCGAGGUGAAAGAUUCUCUGGAUAUUAAUGUGAAGCAAACUUUUAUUGACCCACUGCAGCUACUGCAAGACAAAGACUUAAAAGAGAUUGGGCACCACCUGAGAAAGCUGGAAGGCCGCCGCCUGGAUUAUGAUUAUAAAAAGAGGCGAGUAGGUAAGAUACCCGAGGAAGAAAUCCGACAAGCAAUAGAAAAGUUUGAAGAGUCAAAGGAACUGGCUGAAAGAAGCAUGUUUAAUUUUUUAGAAAAUGAUAUAGAGCAAGUCAGCCAGCUGGCCGUGUUUGUAGAGGCGGCAUUAGACUAUCACAGGCAGUCCACAGAGAUCCUCCAGGAGCUGCAGAAAAAGCUAGCAAUACGAAUAGCGUUAUCCUCCGCAAUCCCCAAGCGAGAAUACCAGUCAAAGCCUGUGAACGUGGCGAGUUCUAGUGACCUCAAUGGAGUCUCCAGCAGCACUUCCUCAAAGAUAUCAGCCUACCACAGACUGAAGGCAGCAGAGUAGAAGGGCCUGAGGGACUGCUUCGGGAAGGUCCACUGGCAGCGGGAAAAAGUGACAGACAGGUCGCAACCCCGGCUACAAGGGAGGCAAGAAAAAAGCU